AUGGGUGAGACCCUGAACCCCGCUGCGGAGAUCCCCAAGAAGCGGACGCGGGUGCAAUUUUCGUGCACAGCGUGCAGAUAUCGCAAGCUCAAAUGCUGUCGCAACCACCCUUGUAGCAAUUGCAAGAGGCGAGGCGAGGCAGCCUCAUGCACAUAUGUUGGUCGCGGUCCAAGAGGCAAAGCCCAGCAUGGGCGCUCGAGCCCAACGCUUGUCCAGGAUCGCUUGCACUACUUGGAAAACCUGGUCAUGUCACUGGCUCAGAACCAGCGACCUGACUUGGACACUGAAUUUGCGAAUGCGCAAUCAGAGAACAAUGCUGCAUACGCAACGCCCUCUCCAGGGAGUUGUGACCCUAAUACCGAGUCGGCUCCCGUAGAAGCGGGUACCCUUGUGGUGAAGAACGAAGGGACCAGUUAUAUCGACAGCGCCAACUGGCGCGCUAUUCUGGAAGAGAUAAAUGGCGUGAAAGAAUACCUUGAUGAAAACCAAAGGAUGUCUGAAGAUGAGGAUAUUGAAUUCGACAGCCCAGAAAACUCGUCCCCAUUUUUGCUCCUUGGCAAUCGAAGGCCAGUGACCAAGGAAGAAGUGCUUUUAGACAUCCCGCGACGGUCGAUAGCCGAUCGUCUCGUUUCACGCUUCCUCAAGACGUCUGAGCCAGCACGCAUCGCAAUCCAUAUUCCGACGUUUCAAAAAGAAUAUGAGCAGUUUUGGCUCCAACCAAUCGAGAAAUCCUUCACCUGGAUUUCUCUGCUAUAUUCAGUCCUGGCUCUGUCUGUUUCUAUAUACCACCGAAGUGCAGAGCCCUUGCCUCCUGAUAUGGCGAAUCCUAUGACUCUAUGGUCCAUGUUCCAGAGGAGAUCCGCAGAAUGUCUUAUCCAAGCAAACUACAUUACACCAGGGCGUCACAAAGUAGACGCGCUGCUGUUCUAUUCUCUGACUGAGUUCUACCGAAGCCAGGAUGCACAAAUUGGUGUAUCAUAUUUGGUCGGGAUAACCAUUAGGUUGGCUAUGCGUAUGGGCUACCAUCGCGACUCGAGCCAUUACUCAAUGCUCUCAGCUUUUGAGGGAGAAAUGCGUCGACGUGUUUGGGCAUUACUCACUCAACUUGACACAUUGAUUUCGUUCCAAAUCGGCGUCCCUAGAACGAUUCAGACGUGGCAAUUCGAUACCGAGCUGCCAUCUAACCUGCUGGAUGCCGACUUUGACGAAACCUCCGUCAAACUACCAUCUGAAAGACCAAAAGACGAACGAACGGAUUGCUCAUACACUCGAGCCAAGGCCCACAUCAUGAGGGUCUUUGGGCAAAUUACAGACCUGGCAUUCUCCCGGGAACACUCGUCCUACGAUGAGAUCUUGGAAAUCGACCGUCGCCUGGAAGCUGCGCAUGAUUUAGUUCCUCCCUUUUUGCAGAUUCGAUCCAUGACGCAUUGCAUUGUAGAUCCUGCAGACUUGAUCAUGCGCCGUUUUGCCUUGGAGCUUUUAUAUCACAAGGCACGUCUUGUGUUGCACCGCCGGUACAUCGGUGAAACGAAUCCGAAAUUUGCAUAUUCACGAUCGGUCUGUCUGAACUCUGCCCGUGAAUCUCUUCGGCACCAUACGGAGAUUUUCGCAGAGUCCCAACCAGGUGGCCAACUAUACGCAGAGCGAUACUUCUUGAACUCGCUUCAGAACACGGACUUUUUGCUUUCUGCAAUGAUCCUUUGUCUUGGUCUAUCUCAAGACGAGGAGCGUGGUGAUUCCGAGCGCCUUGAUCCUCACGAACGCGCGGAUUUCUUUAACCUUUUGGAAACCACCCUUCGCAUAUUCAUGGAAUCACAGCAUCAAUCAGUUGAUACACAGCGAGCAGUAUCUGCUUUGUCUAUCAUGCUUAAGCGUGUGAGGGACCACAAUCUCCAACGGUCUCACUUGACUACAGGCGGGCAAAGCUUAGAGUCAAUGACAGGUCACAGCCCAUCUCAGUUGGCACAGGCAACAUUGCAGAAUGAGCAGUUCUCGAUGUAUCCAGCAACCCAAAAUGCAACCAUCCCCAGCGCUGGUGAAACACCAUCAUACACUUCACUCGGCGUCAUUGAAGACAUGCUUGAUGGCCCCGCACAACUUGACUGGCGCUUGUACGACAGCCGCAUCUCAGGGGUCGAGAUGGCUACAAAUCACAAUGUCUGGUAUUCGGAAAACCCUGCAACCCCUUACGAUUUUACAGGGUACAGUCCUAUGAAGCCUCCAACGGAGCAUUAG